GGACCCUUUUGCUUUUUGUCUACUGUAAUUUUGCCUGAGAGGUGGUCAUCUCCAAAUCUCAAACCCCGACAUCACAAAAACGAAAGUAAAAACCACACACCCAGGGGCAGAUAACUCGAAUAAAAAUUGAGCGGGAUGUUCGACAUUGUUAGAUGAUUUUAGCAGCGUUUGAACGAAUAAAUCAUGGGUAAAACGCAGAACACCAAGCGAAAAGUGACAGUAAAAGACAGUUCCAAAGAAAAUGCCAAAAAUCAAAAGAAGAAAAGCAGAAACUCGUCCAAAACCAUCGUUGUGAGUUCAACAUCAGGAAUGACAUCUGUUACAAGGAAAAUAUCAGCAGCAGCAUUAGCAAAAUGGAAACCAUUAACACAUUCAUCAAGAAAAUACUGUUUGCAGUUAAUGGAUUAUGGUAUACAGAUGGUGAUGAGCAGAAUAAGUGACAACAUGUUUAAGGAUGUACAGAGUCAACUGGUAUCUACCAGAAGAAGCCUGUCUUUGAAGAUGGAAGACAGAAAAGGACCUGUUAAUAAAGUUAAAGACUACAAGAACCUUUCUCAAACACUUAUUAAACUCACAGAAGCCAACAAGAAGCUUGAUGAACAGUUAUCUAUAUUGGAAAAUGCUAUAAAAAUGGAAGAAAUUCUGUGUACAAAAAUGGAAGAAGAAUUUGAAAGCAUGACAACUGACCCAGAAGAAACACAGUUACACCCAUUGCUUCAGCAACCAUUUGAAAAAGUUGAUUUCUGAUCUAGUAGUGGUUGAAAUACAAACAAUUGUGUAUCCUGGCAACAGAUGGUGGAUUUUGUAUUUUUCAUUUUGAGAGUUCACCUGAAUAGUUUUGCAAUACAAGAGUGGCUGUGAAAACAUUAUGCAAAGUGCAGAAACUUUGUGUUGAAUUCAGAUAUUCUUGGUUCAAAUCCAUGAAAAAAAAAGAGUCAAUGUUCAUGUGCAUAAAAUAAAUACAUAUUUUAUCA